AUGGCUCAACUUACAUUUGACCAAUUUAAAAUGAGAUUAUCUGUAUGGCGCGACGCGAUCCCAAUGUACGAGGGAGGGACAAGACUUUUGUCUCAUUUUAUUCAGACAUGUGACAAAUUCUCGGAAAAUCUUACAACGAACGACAAUGCGAUCAACGAGUCGCUGUAUGCUCUUAUCAAAUCGAAGCUACGCGGAGAGGCACUUGAUUUGGUAGUUGUUAAUAAACCCAUAGACUGGCCCCAUUGUAGGACACUCUUAAUUAAUAGAUAUAGCGAUCCUAGUUCGGAAGAAUUACUAUUUAACAGACUCAGUACUUGUUACCAGCAAUCUAAUCAAACGUACGAAGAAUACGCCGACGAAAUCAAAAAUCGUUUGAAUAAACUAAAAGACCAUAUACAACUAAAUAAUCAGGAUAACAAUAUAAUUGCUAUGAAAAAUAACUUUUAUGAUAAUAUUGCGAAAAACGUAUUUACUAACGGAAUUAAACAGCCGUAUCAUUCGCAUCUGACGCAUUUUGAAUUGACUGAUAUCGAGGACUGUCUAACAAAAUGCCGAAAGUACGAUAACCACGAGCAACAAGCAGCUUUCCUUACCUUCAUGAGACAACGCGAGAACAGACCCAAAACACAUGGAACUUCCGGAAACAUAAACCCGUUUCAACAACGUGCAGCUAUUGCACAGAAACCAUUUGCACUAAUAAAUUUUGGAAACAGUAAUAAUUAUAGACCAAAUAGUAAUCAACCUAGGAAUCAAAAUCCUCAACCUACACCUAUGUCGAUUAGUACGAGAAACACUAACAGACUGAAUAAUAACCUUAAUAGGCCUAAUAACAAUUUUAUAUAA